GGGUCCUUUUACGUCACACAAACAACGCCAGUUAGCUUGUAGCUAUUAUACAUGCUGCGGUUAUUUGACCGGUGAUUGAGGAAUAAUUUAACGUUGGGUGUGCCUAAGCCCAGACUGCUUUGAACGUUUUGUGAUUGAUCUCAUAUGAAUAAUUGAAAGUGGUGAAUUACGGUCUUAAUGAACAUGUGGAGCUCAGGCCGCCGUGUCCUUCAGGAUCUGCUCAGUCAGCCGGCUGUCAGGAGUUUCUCUCGGAGUCCUACUCAGAAUACAGUUGUGGUGGAGCGCUGGUGGCAGGUGCCCUUAUCUAAAGUAGGCAAUCCGCCAAGGCUUCACCCUCGAAGACACAGAAUCUACAAGUUGGUUGAAGACAUCAAACAUGCUCCCAAGGAGAAGAUGGAGCUCAUCCUGACUCAGACAGUACCCAGUGAGUAUCUACAAUGCUCUCAACAGAUCACACUGGGAGUUGUUGUGCCACCUCAUGCACUGAGUCUCCCAUUUGAGUCAGUCAAGGACUCCGGUGACUACUGGUGUGAAGUUACGGUUAAUGGAAUGGACACAGUUCGCAUCCCCAUUUCACUGGUGCCAUACGAAGACCCGUCUGCAAGUUAUCAGCGACAGUUGAAAACACAAAUGCAGCAGCCACAGGCGACCACAGACGUCUCAGAACCUGCCGCUGAGGGGGAAGCUGCUGAGGAGGAGGUUUCUGCUGCUGCUGAGGGGGAAGCUGCUGUGAAGGCCGUUUCUGAUGCUACAGUGGAUGCUACAGUAGCCUUAGGAGUCUCUGCUGAUCAAGAUGAAACUGCAGCAAGUACACGGAUGAGUCAAGACACAACAGCACCACCAAGUGACAGCCCGAAAAAAGAUGACUCCAAAUGAAGAUGUGCAUAAAACCUAUGGUUUGCCUAUAAUACACAUUAUACUUGCAUAAAAA